AUGACGACGCAGGCCAGGACGAAGGGGUGGGAAAAGGACUCCAAAAUAAACGCAGACUACGAGUAUGAGAGGCUGAUCAAGCUGGAGAAUAAGUUCAACAUAAAACCAUGGCUGAGUAAGGGGCAGAAGGAGGGGUACCUCUACAACAUAGUACCCACCGUUCUGAAUGUGGUUGUGAAGAAUUCCAACAAGUCGCAGAAAAAGACAGGCGUGCACAUGUACUUCGUGUCGGACAACAAUAAGACGUGGAGACUGACGCUGUUCUACCGGCCGUACUUCUACCUGAAGACGAAGAACAUCCACAACUACGAGGCGGUGACCAAGUACCUAAAGAAGGAGUUGGAUAAAUACAACGUCGAAAUAGAUUACGUGAAGAAGGAGGACCUGAGUCUGUAUGACCAUCUAAAUAAAAAAAGGAGCUACCUGAGUAACAUCUUCUUUAAACUGUCCUUCGACACUAUAGAAAAUCUCAUGAGUGCAAGGGAUUUUAUCUCCAAAAUAAUUGAGCGAAACAAGAAGAAUAAGGAGCGCAGUAACUCUUCAAAUAACGACAAGCACAUAUUUAACGAAUACGAAUAUGAGCUCUCGCAGAGCAAAUUAGAUUUUUCCUAUAAGCACGAUGUUUCCUAUACCAAGUAUGAUGAGCCUGGCGAAACUGGCAGGGUGGCCAAAAAUGAGGGUGCAUCUUCUCAUAGAGAGGACCAAAGAGACUCCAAAAAGACACACACGUCCAACAACAGCACAGGUGACCGCGGGGGAAGAGGUAAGAAGAACGACGCACAUGUAACCGUGAGCAGCCCAAAGCUAAACAUGAACGAAAUAGUAGUAAACACGAAGAAGCAAAUUCUAAGUAAGGAAGAAAUCUUGCAAGAAAUAACAGAGAUGUAUGAAUACGAUGUGAAGUACACCACUCGAAUAUGCAUAGAUCAAAAUAUCAGAUGUGGACUGUGGUAUAGGAUCACAAGAGAUGAAGAAGAAUUGUACACAGAGACGGAGGCAGUACAUUUUGAAGUAUUAAAUAAGAAGGUCCUAGCCCCCUUAAAUGUGCUCGCCUGGGAUAUCGAGUGCUACAAAGAUGAACUAAAAUUUCCAGAUAAAGAAAAGGACGAAAUUAUCCUUAUAUCAUAUAUGUACAAUGCACAGGGGUACCUAAUAGUUAACAGAAAUGUAAUGAGCAAAAAUAUUAGAGAGUUUCUGUACAAGCCAAAUGAAGAAUACUCUGGAGCAGGGACGUUCAAAAUUUUUAAUGAACAGAAUGAAUAUUUUCUCCUAAAACGAUUUUUAGAGCAUAUAAAAAUUUUGAAAAUCCACAUUUUUGUCACGUACAAUGGGGACUUCUUUGACAUUCCGUACCUCUUCCGGAGAUGCGAAAUUAACAACUUGAGUGUCCCCAAAGAAAUUGGGUUCAUCAUGAAUAACAACAAACAAGAAUGUACAUGCAAUUUUAUUCUAAAUAUAGAUGCAUACAAAUGGGUCGAACGGGAUUCUUAUUUACCUAAUGGAUCCAGAACCCUAAAGAGUGUCUGUAAAAUUAAGCUAAAAUAUAACCCUACGGAGGUGGACCCAGAACUUAUGGUUUCUAUUGCGAGAAAGAACCCACAGCAUUUGGCUGUAUACAGUGUGUCAGAUGCAGUUGCCACAUUUUAUCUGUAUGAUAAAUUUAUACACAACUUCUUAUUCGCAUUGUGCUCCAUCAUUCCGAUGAACCCAGACAACGUUUUAAGACAGGGGAGUGGAACCCUAUGUGAACAACUACUAAUGGCAGAGGCAUAUAAAAAAAAUAUUCUCUUCCCAAACAAGUUCAAGCCUGCAUAUAAUCAAUACUUCACCGAUGUCGAAAAUAAGAAAAAAUAUUUUAUCUAUGAUGAUUCCUUUGUUGGUGGAACUGUGCAGAGUCUAAAAUGUGGGAUUUACAGAGACGAUCUCAAAGAGCACUUCAACUUAGAUGUAGACACGUACAAGUACCUACUGCAGAAUGUUGACAGCAUUAUCGAUUUCUGGGUUCAAAAGGAUUUAAACAAAAACUGCAGCCCUAGUGACCCAAAGUAUAUUAACAAAAAUCAAAUUAUUAAUUUGAAGCAAAUUAAAAGCGACAUUAUAGACAAGCUGAAUUUCUUCAUCCAGAACCCCAGCAUUAGCAUAUGCCCCAACAUCUACCACUUGGAUGUUGCCGCCAUGUACCCGAAUAUCAUCCUAUCGCACCGUUUGCAGCCAAAUGCCAUCAUAACACAGGACCACUGCUUCAACUGCUCCUUCUACAAGCAGCGCCACUUGUGCCAGAAACAGAUGGUGUGGAAGAGGAAGCUGGAAAUUUCCCCCAUCGAUUAUGGCCAUGUGCUAUCUCUCAAGCAGGACCUCAAGACGCGCCUCUUCUACCCCCAGAAGAGCUUCUUCAAGAUGAACAACAAGGAGGAGUCUGACAGCAGCACGAACGACAACUUGACGGACGUGCCCCUCAGCAAGAAGAAGUCGUAAAAUCGCCUCUCCACCCAGAUUAACCUCUUCUCGAUUUCUUCCCCUCCCCGCAGCUGGAACGAGCUGACCGAAAAGCAGCAACACGACGAACUGAUGAAAGUGAUAAAGGAAUGCUCGCAGAGGUUGUUCAAAAAGACCAAGGUCGCCAAGGAAGUGGACGCCUCGAGUCUGGUAUGCCAGAGGGAAAACCCCUUUUACGUGGACACCGUUAGGACCUUCCGAGACAGGCGAUACGUUUACAAAAAGGGGCUCAAAGAAUGCGAACAUGAAAAAAAGGAACUACUAAAGGCGAACAAAAUAGACUACAUAAAGAUUCAAGAAUUGGACGAUAAAAUUUUGCUAAACGAUUCUUUACAGUUAGCGCAUAAGUGUAUACUGAACAGCUUUUACGGGUAUGUGAAACGAAAAAGCAGUCGCUGGUACUCAGAUCAAAUGGGAGCCAUCGUGACUUACACAGGGUCGCAAAUAAUAAACGGCGCUUUUAAUCUCAUCAACAAAAUUGGAAUACCUGUGGAGCUGGACACAGAUGGAAUAUGGUGUAUGCUGCCAAAAAAAUUCCCAGAAAUAUAUGACGUGUACAUAUUGGAGAGAAGCGUUCUGAACAAAAUGAAAGAGUAUGAAGACAAAACGGAGGAAGAACUAAAAAAUGACACGAGUGUGAAAAAAGUAGAAUUUGAAUUCCCCACCAAUAUCUUAAAUUUCGAGAUGCACAAAAAAUGGACAAACGAUCAGUAUCUAAUUUAUAACGAAAGCACAGAUGAUUACGAAUGCAUUAGCAAAAAUGAAAUUUUCUUCGAGUUGGAUGGCCCCUGGCAUGGUAUGUUCCUACCAGCAUCGGAAAAGUCUGAUGACCUGUUAAAAAAAAGAUAUGUCGUCUUUAAUGACAAAUAUAAAAUUAGCGAACUUAAAGGAUUCGAAAUUAAAAGAAGAGGAGAACUAAGAAUCAUACAGAAAUUUCAAAGCGAAAUUUUUAAUCACUUUUUAAAGGGAAAGACAAAGGAAGAGUCAUAUUACUAUGCCUCCCUAACUGCAAACAAGUGGAAGAAUUUAAUAGACAGUAAAGCGGUCGACAUAGAUAAUGACGAUGAAUUGUUUGACCUCAUUUUAGCUAAGAAGGUGCUAAACAAAUCGGUGAAGGAACAACCCAAUGCUAAAAGUUUUGGCAUUACGACUGCUAAGCGCUUGAGUGAACUGCUCUGCAAUACAAGUUACGUGGAAGAUAAUAAUGUUUCUACCCAAUUUAUCGUUGCCUCCAAGCCUGUAGGAUCCGACAUCACAUUCAGGGCCAUCCCCAUUCAGAUAUUUAAAACUAACGUGGAAACGCAAAUUCACUAUUUGGGAAAAUGGCUAGGUGUUAAGUUCCCUCCUGACGUCCCUGUGAAUGUAAGGGAUAUCAUUGACUGGGAUUAUUACAAGCAAAAAUUAGAAGUCCAAAUUUUGAAGUUAGUCAUUAUCCCCGCGAUUAAACAAAAUAUUAACAACCCAAUUACAUCCAUUUCUGUACCUGAAUGGCUCAAAAAGCAAAUUAACAUUUCAGAGGGGAAACAGAAAAAAAUCACCGCCUUCUUUGUUAAAAAGACCGUUAAGAAGGAGUGCACUUCUAAUGAUCAGGCUAGUAGUAGUACCCCCAUAAAGGGAGAAAUGGACGAGGAGGAAAAUGAGGAGAUGAAGAAGAAGAAGGUAGACGACCCUAGCUUGCGCUCCUUGGAGAAAAAGAGCCCAUUUUCAGUGGAGGCUGCCUGCACUGCAAUGAAUGUUUCAGAUGACCCAUUGCACAACGGUGCCCCCCACCUCGGUGCGAAAAAACGCUCGCUGGAGCAGUGCCUUCUGGAAAACUUCAUCUCAAAGAGGAAGAAGCUGGGUCAACUUAACGAUAACAGCUUGACCGGCCUCACGCACAGCAACUCUGGUUCCAUGGUCUACAAAAAAGUAAACUCAUUGGACACCUACCUGGAUAACAACAAUAACGUUAUUAUUAUUAACCACGAAAAAAUCAAUAUCAACAAUUUGAAGUACACGGAGCUGUUCGAAAUGUUCCAAACGGAUUUCCAAAAGUGGAUGCAAAUUAAUAAUCGAAUAUGGAAAAAUAAUCGAAGUCAAAUUAAGAAAAUCAGAAAUGAGGACAGGUGUAAGAGGAAGAAAUAUUCCCUGGGGGAUGACGAAGAAGACGAAAAGGGAAGGAAAAGGACAGGGGCCAAUUCUUUAUCAUCCUACCUUGCUGAUGUGGAUGAUGAAAGAACCAACUCCCAAAAACUGUCCAGCCUGGAACCCAAAUAUUUGCAUCCCAUUCAGAAUACCAUGGAUAUUGUGUACCUGUACAAAAAGGUGAAAAGGAAGAAAGUAGUAGCCCCCCCACCAAAAAAAGGAAAGCAUAAUAGUGGAACCAACCCCUCCGCAGCCUCUGGCAACAGUUCGAAUGGCCCUAUGAAUAACCACACAAAGAACGAAAAACAGACAUUGCUAAAACCAUAUUUGGAAUACUUCAAACAUGAAACCGAAUCAGAUUCUUCCAACGACGAGGGGGACCUAUUUAGCGACACGAACAUGAUUGACGAGAAUGAUGAUGACGGAAUAUACUACGCAAUUGUGUCCUUAAAAAAUAUGAACAAGUUUUACAAAAUAAAAAUUCAAAUAUAUAGACAUAUCUACAUCAAUAAUUAUGAUCCCCUGGACAUAAAAAGUAACAACAAGAUUACCAUCAAAUUAGUUUCUUCAUCCGGAUCGUCCAACUCACCUAACAAUGACAAUUUCGUGUUUCAUUCCAAUGCAUUCGCACCCUGUUUUUUGCCCAGAAAUGUAAAAAUAUUUAAUUUAUACGAGUUCAUUAUGAAGGAGAGGUACUUCAACAGAUACGUAGUGAACACGCUGAAUGCUAACUACCACGAAAGUAUUGUCUCUGUUUACGAGACGAAGAUUCCACUCUACUUUGAUUUCCUGAGCAGAUAUGGAAAUUCAGUGGAGAUCGACUCGAAUAAUUACAACUCCAUUUUUGAUGAAAACAAAUGCUUCAAGUCGCACUGCUUCUCUAAGGUCGAGAAGAACAAAAUCAAAAAUGUGUCUCAAGAUUAUCUGGAUGAUGUGCAUUUCAUAUAUAUCCACAUUUUCCACACGAUGGUGGAUAACGUGUGCAACCGUAUCUUCGUCGGAGUAUACGACCAGUUCGAGGAGAACGCGGAUGAGCAACUGUUCGGCUGUAAGCUCAUGUUCAGUGGCGUCGGCAAGGAGAGCAGCCCCUUCUUCGACCCGUACGAGACCUUCCUCAAGUUUGUACACCUGGAGAAUGAUACCGGCAUGAACAACGCGAUGGAUGGGGUCACACAAACAGGGGAAGCUGUCCCAAACCAAGCACGAGAGCACCUGCUCGACAGAGACUUUUUUAUCAAAAACGUACAGAGAGACUUCCUAUUCCUGUACCAUUAUCGAAAGUUCGAAACCUAUUUUGAAGACAACGCUAAUGUAUACAAGGUGUUGGAGCACCUGGAUUUGUAUUUGAAUAAAUAUCGAAGCAACGUACUGACGGGAAAGAAAAAAUACAUCUUCUAUGUAUCGUCAACCAUAGAUAAGAAAAAACUGGGAUGGUGGAGCACCAACAAAUAUUUCCCUUGCUAUUUUUACAAGUUUGAAAAUGCUGCAAAGUAUCAAAAUGUUAGCCGAAUGAGUUACAAAAAAGAUGCAUUCAAUUUGUCUCUACAACUUUUUUAUGAGAAUUACCACAAGGUGGAAGAAGAUUUGAAUUUUUCUAGAAUAUCGAAUAUACCUCUCUUCAACCUGCUAAAUGUGAACAGAAAAAAUCAGAAGCAUAAAUUUAUAUAUGAUACACUGUACGCAUCGUUUUUGAAAAGAUACAAAGGGAUUUUGUGGCUGUCGUACUUUGGCCACUACGAUUUGGGAAUUCCCUGCUUAAAUAUCAACAGCUUUUGUGACUACGAUUUGGUGAAGAAGAACAGUGACAUUAUAAACCAAGGCAUUUACAGGGGGUAUAUAGUGCACCUCUUUUUUAAUGAGUCCCUCAUUUUUAACAGCGUUAGACUGUUCACCAAGUAUGCUAAUGUGAAAGCCCCCACUGAGUACUACCACUCAUCAAUUGCUGGCAAGAAUGCCCACAUUAAGAAAGGAAACCAGAGAGGAGGGGGGGGCACUGAAUAUGAUGCUGAUGCGAAGAGGCGCCAAAGGAUUAAGUAUGCGAAACAGGGUGACGACAAUGAGGAUGGGUUGGACGAAGAUGAUAUGUCCACGACGGACGACAAUUAUAACAAACUGGGCGGAAUUGCGCACCGGAAAGGAAAAACGAGCAUGACGCAACAUAAAAUGGGGGAUGGUACGAACAGACACGGUCGGCACAACAGCGACAAGGACGAGUAUGAUGAUAUGGAAGGAGAGGACGAGGGAGAUGACGACCUGUCCGACUUGAGCGAAAAGAAAAGCAUAAUCAAAAAUAAAUACGACAUAAAUACCAUCGUGGAACAGAACUCACAUAUCUCCCAAUUCAGCAACCACGCAUUCAAAUUAUUGGGACAGUCAUUAGAAUACCUCAUAUCGAAGAUCUCCUCCUUGUCCAUGUUAAUAACAAAUAAGACAUUCGAAAGUAUCUCCGAUAUCUUCACGUCCUUCUACUCGUGGGUCUCCAACAAUUCCAGUCUGCUUUACGAUGUGGCAUUAUACAACAAAGUCUUAGAGUGCACAGAAAUUUACCAAAAUAAUUUAAUCAACAUAAUGAAGAAAAAAUUUAAUGCCAACAUAAUUUUUGCAGACUUGAGAAAUUUCGUCAUUUCCUUUAAUGAAUUUUCAGUCAUAUCUGGCAGAAAUAUUUUAAAAGGUCUAAUCAAGUACUUCUCCCACAGCGACUCCAUAUAUGCCAAUGUGCCUUUUUAUAUUAAACACGAAUAUAUUGCAGCUUGCCAAUUUGAUAAGUAUAAUUUUAUAAGGUAUAAGGAAUAUUCCAAUCCAAAUGAAGAAAAUACAGAUGAAAAUUUAAAGAUAAUUGAAUAUCUUCCCCCCAUUUGUGAAUCCUUUCUGAGGUAUGUACUCGAUGUUAUCACCUUGAACCCUCUGCAAGACAUAAUCACUCUGUAUGAUAAGUGGGACCCCCAUUCUGGAAAACAAUUGGAAGGAGGAGCGAUCACCUUGUCCUCUCCUGGAAAGCCAAUCACAGUGGAUGAACAAAAUGAUAACAGAACUGUAAAUCAGGAAGAAGGAAACAGGAAGGAUGAAAAGAACUACUUCAAUAUGGUCCUGAAAAAUGACAAAUUAACGGACAAGAUAAGCCUAACACAAAGAGCACAACUGAAAUAUAUUUAUGAUAAAUCAUUUGACGAUUUGGAAGAAGUGUGUGAAAGUUUUGCACUCAUCAACGAAAAUGUAGAUGUGCUGUCAUACAAAAUAGAAGAGAAGCUAAAAGAUCUGUGGUUCAUGCCUGGACAUAUUUAUAAAAAAAUUAAAAAAUCGAUCAAGUAUAAAAAAUAUUUAGUGGAAAAUUACUGGCCAUAUGAUGAUGACGAAAUGGAUGAAAUGGACGAAAGUAAUAUGAACAUGGUGCCAUUUUUAUUUCCAAAAAGUUUGGGAAAUCUAGCCAAAAGAGAAAAUAACUGGAGACUAGAAAUUGUAAAGUUUUGCAUAUUUCUCAUGCAAAAUGAUAAACUGCUAAACCUAGAGAAUGAAAACUGUAAUGAAGCUUUCCACGAAAAAAGACACGAACUUUUCGAAAUUGUGGGGGACAGUGAAUACAACAGGAAAAAUUCCCUCUGGAAAAGUCCGUGCCAAGAAUUAAUUUUAAAAGAUAUCUUCUGUGAAAAUUGCUCCUCAGUGUACCACAUGAACGUUGUCACCAGUUUGGUCGAGGCAGAGAUCAAUGGAAAACCGUCCUUCAUUUGGUUGUGCAAAAACUGCAAUUCCAAAUAUGACAACGAUUUUAUUGAACUAAAAAUUUUGUCGCUGCUGCAGGAGACCUUUGAUGCGUAUAAUCUGCAAGGGACGCCUUUUCUUGGGUGGCUAUCGCGUCCCCGUCAGCAUGAUGCAGCACUUCCCAUUCCGAUGAUCACUCUCCCCCCCCCCCCCUUUUUUCGCAUUUAUGUGCAGGCCCAAGACCUCGUAUGCAAAAACUGCAAUGCCAUCAAGUCCUUCUACCGCAGGGCAAUUUGCAAAUGCGGGCAAACCUUUACGCCCCGUUUGGAUAUAACGAACUGGACCCAAACCCUGGAGAUUAUGGAAAAUUUAGCCAACAUGCUGAACAUGCCUAUAUUGCUAGACGUUUUGAAGUCGAUGAAAACGUACCUUGUGUAA